AUGCUGCCUCCCAUGGCCACUGUUGGUUGGCUGGUGCUCUCCUGCCUGGCACUCCAAGCCCAGGUAAAAGGUGAUGAUCUACAGAACAAAGAGCUGUCUCCACGAGUCAGGUGCCCCAGAGGAUCUGAGGCCUAUGGCGGCCACUGUUAUGCCUUUUAUAAGACAGCAAAAUCCUGGAUGGAUGCUGAUUCGGAAUGCCAAAAACGUUUUAAUGGACACCUUGUGUCUGUACUCACUGAGUCUGAGGGCUACUUCGUGGGCUCCCUCAUCAAGAAUGUUGGGACAACAUACUCUCUUGUCUGGAUUGGACUCUAUGACACCUUUGAGGUGAGUCAACCCAAUGUAGGUGGAUGGGAGUGGAUUAAUGGUGAUGUGGUGAACUAUGUGGCCUGGGAGAAAGGAACCCCUACCAAUUCCGGGUACUGUGGGGCCGUUCUUAGCCACACAGGCUAUGAAAAAUGGCAAAAUCAUAACUGUGGAAAUUUGCUGCCCUACGUCUGCAAGUUUGAUAGCUAA